CACACUCAUUCACAGACUCAACACAAGACAGAGACCACAUAAACAACUCCCUUGUUUAUAAACACCCAAGAGACUCCUUUGACCUGCAGGUGUGAUAUACACAUUAAGAUGAGAAGGGUGAUGCUUUGAUGUGCAUCAUGAUGCUGAGGGUGGAUCAGAGUGGGUAUGAUGGAGCGGGUGGCCCCUGUGUGCUUUUUUACCCCUUCUAGAACUGUUCAGGAACGGGGCCAGCCAGGCAGCAGAACAAUGGGUGUAACCAUGUCUAUGGGCUUCACACCCUGUCCAGCAACACCACACUCAUCAGGGAAACCGAUGGAAGCCUGUAGUUAUGUGGCGUACGACUCUCUYGUGGUUUUGUGUUUGUUCCGCUCAAUAGAUUUCCCCAUCGUGUGAUCUCACGGUUUAUUCCCAGGCUGACCUAUCCUCUUCUGGGACRGGUAGGAACCAAGCAGGACAGGCUGGCUGUAUUGUUGGGAUGGUUGACUUGGUGCACUGCGUGUGGGUGGGGGUGCMGCAGGGUAUUCAUCCAAGGCUGAGUGAAGAAAGGAUAAUGUGCUGCUUACCUGUGUGCUGUUUACUACGUGAUGCCCAUGAUGAGAAGGAUCCUCUUGAAGAUGUGUGUGUACAGGAGUCCCUCCAGAGCUGUGUCCUCCAUGUCCCUCUCCAUGCGCCCGUCGCGCCGAGUCCUUUCCAGAUCCAUCACUAGGAGCCAGUCCUUUGCUGGGGUCAACUCCUACGAUAAGCCCUACAGAAACCUAUCAGUGUUCAGCACCCUGGGGGUCACCAGGAAGCCCUCCAGAGUCAGCAGGAUGUUCACCCUCUCUGCUAAAUCACCACCGCCCAAGGUGCCCCAGCCUGAGAGGCUAGACGAAGUCUAUGAGGCUCUGAAGAGAGGCCUGCAGUCUUACCUGCAGGUGCACCAGAUGGAGCUGGACAGCCUGAACCAACAGAUGAGGGAGUCCAAGAGGAACUCUCGCCUGGGGUUUCUCUAUGAGCUGGAUAAGCAAGUAAAAGUGAAUGAGAGGUUCAUGCGACGGCUUGAGUUCCAUCUAAGCAAGGUUGACGAGCUGUAUGAGGCCUACUGUAUGCAGCGCCGGCUGAGGGAUGGGGCCAAUAARAUGGUGAAGGCUUACACAGWCUCCCAGKGCAGCCGCGAGGCCAGAGAGAGCCUCUCGGAGGCCAACAAGGGCUACAAAGAGUACACAGAGAACAUGUGCAUGUUGGAGAGCGAGCUGGAAAACCAGCUGGGAGAGUUCCAUGUGAAAAUGAAGGGUCUAGCAGGGUUCGCACGGCUCUGUGCUGGAGACACAUAUGAGAUCUUUAUGAAGUAUGGGCGGCAGCGCUGGAAGCUGAGGGGAAGGAUUGAGAUCAACUGCAAGCAGGUGUGGGACAGCGAGGACAUGGUCUUCCUGCCUCUCAUCACAGAGUUCCUAUCAAUAAAGGUGACAGAGCUGAAGAGCCUGGCCAAUCACGUGGUGGUGGGAAACGUGUCGUGUGAGACCAAGGACCUGUUUGCUGCUCUACCCCAGACGGUGGCAGUGGACAUCAAUGACCUGGGGACCAUCAAACUGAGCUUGGAGGUCACCUGGAACCCCUUCGACAAGGAUGACCAAGCCUCGACCGCCARCACGGUSAACAAACCCCCCACGGUGAACAAACGCUUCUCCACCUACAACCAGAGUCCUCCUGAUACCCCCUCCCUACGGGAACAGGCCUUCUAUAACAUGCUGAGGAGGCAGGAAGAUAUGGAGAAUGGCACAGCAUGGUCUAACUCCUCUGAGUCAUCAGAUGACUCAUCCAGCCCUCAACUCUCCCUGGGGCUGCGUCACGCCAACAAGAAUUUGGUCCAGCCAGAGGUCAAGGCCGCCACACCCGCCAUUGAAAUCUCCUUUGCCCUCCGAGACACUGCCACCUCCACCCCUACCCGCUUAGCCAAACCGGAGGAUGUGCAGGAGGAGACUCAGAAGGAGGAGUCAGACAUUGGGGCAGCGAGGAAAGAUGAGGCUUCUGGGAAACAGGCAGUGCCUAACGGCCACGCCCGCUACUCACGCUCACUCAGCCAUAUCAGUGAGAACAGUGCCGAUGGCGUACUGAUAGACAGGUCAACCAGCGAAUUUGUGGAGCCCUCUGAGGUCACCUCCCUGCAGUCUGGGAUCUGUAUAAACGAUAUUGAGAUGGUGAUGCCUGCCAGGGCAGAGUGGACCCUUAUCCCAGGAGCGACUGUGGUGGUCAGAGACCCCCCUGAGCAACGCGCCCCAGCUACUGUGACCAUGGAGGAGAGCAGGCCGGAGAGCAGGUAUUCUGCAGUCUCUAUAGAGUCAGACACGGGGUUAGAGGUUGUUUCAGGGGCUGUUUCAGAAGUAGAGCCAGAACUCCAGAGCUCUGCACCUUCUAGGACUGAUGCAAUGUAUCAGCAAGGUGCCUCUCUGAAUCCCAGACCAGACUCACAAGCACAGACCCAGAGCACAGAGGGCAUAUCAUACAGUGCCUACAGGGCAGUGGUGGUGGAGGCCAAGAAGCCUGAGGCUGUAGUAGAGGCCAAGCCCACAGAGGGUGAGAAGCAGCAGGCUGUGGACAGUGGAAUUGAGGAAGCCCUGAGUGCAGUCAUCUCCUCUCUGGAUGACUACAGGGGACAGUUUCCUGAGUUACAGGUCCUGGAGCAGGAGUUACAACUACUGGAGGAGACAUUAACAGGCUGCAGUCGUUCGUCCAGUGUCCAGAGUCUGACGGUGGAGACAGCCCUGGGCAGCUUUGACUUUCUCAACACCUCAKACCUGGAGGAUGAAGAUGAGGAGAACUGGGAGAAGAGGAGUGUGACGGACAGGUCAGCAAAAAAGAAACGUCCCUCACUGUCAACUGUGGAGAGUGCAGGGGAGAUGAAGACUGUGGAGAAGAGAUGCUGGGAGUCCCCCUCCGGACCUGUGAGCACUGGCUCAGGUCUAGACCACGCUCUACUGGUUCAUCUGAAGAAUUGCAGCGCCCAACUUCUGAGGCUGGGGACCUUUGGGCCUCUGCGCUGUGGGGAGAUGUAUGCUCUGGACCGCCUACUCAGGGAGACCCGCGUCCUCGAGCUUAUCAGACACGUUGCCAAGGAGACCCCUGAAGGAGCCACUCAGGCAGAUGAGGUGGUUCCCCAGUUAGAACAGUGCCAAGGGGCAACAUUGCUAUGGCAGCAGUGUACAGACAAUGGCAGUGUGUACAGCACCUCCACAGAGGCUUUCCUCACAACACUGGCCGCUGCUUACACCAACAGACUGCCCGAGAGAGGAGCCAGCCUGGCAGACACAGUGUUCUUGCGUCUAGUAGAGAGGAUUCUGGAGAGGAGGCUGCCCAAGCGUGGGGGCGAGGCAGCCAGAGAGAUGCUGACUCUCUUCCAGUUCUGGAGCUACCUGGAGGCAGAGGGAGUGAGCGAGCUGGACACACACAUCACUGAACUGGCAGAGGAGGUCUGGCUGGUUCAGAGCCUGCAGUCAGGAGACAGGAGAGGGAUACAUGCUGUCAGCCUGCUGCUCAGGGACCGGGGAAGGGUUGCCUCAGCUAGCUCCCUGCUCCGGAGCCUAGCCAACAACCAGCAUCGAGAGAGAGCCCUGGUAAGCUGUCUGGAGCUUCUGGAGAAUGAAAGCAUGGAGGCGAGAGUGUGUGGCUGUAAAGCACUUGCAUGUCUGAAGGCCAAAGAGAGCAUUGACCAGCUGGUCUAUCUCUGUCGAUCGGACAAGGAGGACGUGAGGGAUGCUGCCAAACAAGCUUUGUUGGUGCUUGGUGAGGAGGGGAAGUUGGCCCACAGACACGUUGAGACAUCUCUGCAGGAAGGAGUGCCACGUCUCUUCUCCCCUGGCAGCAUGGCCAGCACCGCCUUCUAACGCCACCACAAAGGAAUACUGAUACUGUCAUGCUAAUGUCAACACACUAUUACAAAGCCAUUAUCAUGCCACACACACACAUCAAAAUAUACACUGUAAAAGAGGGUGCAAUACACCGAUGCAAAAAGGUUGCUGACUGUCACAUGCUAUCACUAACAAUGGGAUGACAUCUACAGCUUGACAUAAAGUCAGUGAACUAAACUCAAAUAUUACCCAACCUGUGUGUAAGUAAGUGACAACUACUCAUGAACUGUGGAUUUGUAGACACGAUGAAGUGGGGUGGAAAGUAUUUUACUGCCUUACAGUACAUUUUGGCCUGGUGGCGUUGCCUUCUGAAUCAUGUAAGCACAGCUAGGAGGAUGAAUGGAUAGGACACAACAAUCAUUGUGUCAGAUCACUGCAUGGAUAGGACAAAGUGGGAAAGUAACAUGUUGACUUUUCAGGGGAAAUCCACUUUUGAUCUGCUAUAUUUGUAAUGAAGCUGGUUUUUGAUGGUCUGUGUGGAGAAUGUCAGUGUGUGGAAGGAGUAGUGAAGUAAGUCAUGAGGAUUGAAGGGAUUUGGUUGUUCCUCAGGAGAUGAUGGUGGUGCAGUUCCACAUUCUAGGACCACAGUCUGAAGUCUGGAAAAACAGUUAUUACAGUGCCAUCAUUCCAUACUAUCAUUCUAUGCUUUAUGUAAAUAUAUUACACUGGAAGUGUACAUGUUAUAUAAUUGUGUUGUAAUUCACUUGCUAUUGUUGAAACAAUCUACUGUAGGUAAAUUCAUUGUGCACUUCCUGAGACUUGUGCCACUGGCGAUAUAACUGAAGAUUAUUUCAGCUGUAUGAGUGGUUAAGAACUUUAUCAUUAUUAUGGAAAAYUUAAAACUGUGGUGGACUUUGCCUUUUUGGAGCAGAAAACUUCUCACUGAAACAGACAACCAAACUGCUUGUACUGGGUGGAAUCAGGGUAGGAUGAGAACCUGCAUUCAUUCUAUAUUAUUUACUUUGUAGAGUCAUCAGUUAUUUAGAGGAGGCUGAUGUAAGGAGUUAUAGGAGGACAGGCUCAUUGGAAUGGCAUAAAUGGAACCGAGUCAAACGUUGUUUCCAUGUGUGUGAUACCGUUCCAGUUAUAACAGCCAUCACAAUGAACCCGUCCCCCUAUAGCUCCUCCCACCAGCCUCCUCUGGUUUUAUUGUAUAGGAGUUAAUAACAAUGGACAACUUAAAAAGCUUCUUCAGUGUAUAAGUGCCUCAAGUUAUGAGACAUGAGAUGAAAUACUUUAAUGAAGAGAUGCAGUGCUAAUACAAACAAUGCAGCAAAGUAUAUUUUCCUUAUGACUCAAAUUGUGCAGCAAAAUAAGUGAUAUUCUUUAGAUUUCUUUUUUCUAUAAAAGUAUAUUGACUGGCAAAUAAGUAUCUUGCCUGGCAUCAAAUGUAAACAAGUUAAUAAAAUUGUGUUCAAAAA